UUCAACUGUGCGCGCAGCAGACUCGCACACCGCGUAAACUCGUGCGCUCGGACCGCAUCUCGCGCAGCUGGGAGUUCACUACCGACACUUCAGUUCACCGUCUGCACCUUUACAACGCUCAAGGACAGGCAGACCCAGGUUGGCGUUGUAGACAAAGUGAGGGAAAGCAAGAGAGGAAGAAUCAGGUCAUCGCGUGCUGGUCUCAGUGUUUGGCUCAUCAUGAAGAUGCGCGCGAUAACACCGAUGGUUUUGCUCGUGCUCUUCGGCCAGUGCGGCAUCCUGGCUAGUAAAGUAAAUAAACACAAGCCAUGGAUCGAGACGUCCUACCAUGGUGUGAUCACAGAGAAUAUGGAUACAGUCAUGCUGGACCCUCCUUUGGUAGCUUUGGACAAAGAUGCCCCCGUCCCCUAUGCAGGUGAGAUCUGCGCAUUUAAGAUUCACGGGCAGGAGGCUCCGUUUGAGGCAGAGGUGUUGAAUAGGACGUCGGGUGAGGGGGUGCUGAGGGCCCGGGGCCCUGUCGACUGCGAGCAACAGAAGGAGUACACCUUCAUCAUUCAGGCAUAUGACUGUGGAGCCAGCCCAAGUGGAGCCAACUGGAAGAAGAGUCACAAGGCAGUGGUGCAUAUCCAGGUGGAUGAUGUAAAUGAGUUCUCCCCAGUGUUCAGGGAACCUCAAUAUCAUGCUACAGUAACCGAGGGCAAGAUCUACGACAGCAUCCUUCAAGUGGAAGCCUGGGAUCAGGAUUGUUCUCCACAAUACAGCCAAAUCUGCAACUAUGAGAUUGUUACACAGGAUACACCUUUUGCUAUUGAUCGCAAUGGCAACAUCAGAAACACUGAGCGCCUGAGCUACGACAAACAGCAGCGCUACAAAAUCAUGGUAACCGCUUAUGACUGCGGUCAGAAGAGGGCGACAGAGAGCGUUCCGGUUCACAUUGACGUCAAACCUGUGUGCAAGCCUGGGUGGCAAGGUUGGAACAAGCGUGUGGAUUACGAACCUGGAACCGGCAGUAAGCAGCUCUUUCCCAAGAUGCACCUGGAGACUUGCGACGGACCCUUAUCUUCUGUGAGAGCCAUGGUGGAGCUCCAGACCAGCCACAUUGGGAAGGGCUGUGACAGAGAGACCUAUUCGGAGAAGUCUCUGCAGAAGCUCUGCGGAGCAGCCUCGGGCAGCACGGAUCUUCUCCCGGCCCCCAGCGCGUCCACCAAUUGGACUGCGUCCUUAUUGACGGACAGCGGGAGAGAUAGUGACCUCAUCUUCCGAUUUGAUGGACGGCAAGCAGCUAAUAUCCCGGAGUGGGUUGUGCCACAGAACCUGACAGAUCAGUUUACCAUAGCAACGUGGAUGAAGCACGGGCCAAGUCCAGGAUUGAGAGCAGAGAAAGAGACAUUGCUCUGCAAUUCAGACAAAACUGAGAUGAACAGGCAUCAUUACUCUUUAUACGUGCACAACUGCCGCCUGGUGUUUCUGCUGAGGCGAGACUUCAUUCAGUUGGACUCCUUCAGGCCGGCAGAGUUUCACUGGAGACUGGAACAGAUCUGUGACAAAGAAUGGCAUUACUACGUCAUCAACGUGGAGUUUCCUGCGGUGACGCUCUUUGUAGAUGGAGUGACGUACGAACCCUACCUUGUAACAGACGACUGGCCCAUCCACCCCUCUGAAAUUGACGUUCAGCUUACCGUAGGAGCCUGCUGGCAAGGAGGAGAGGUGACCACUCCACGUUUUACACAGUAUUUUCGUGGUAGCCUUUCAGGAUUGACUAUCCGACCUGGAAAGAUUGCAACCCAGAAGGUGAUCUCCUGCUUACAGGCCUGCAAGGAGGGUCUGGACAUCAGCUCUCUUGAAAGUCUAGGCAAAGGCAUUAAGUUCCACUUCAACCCAGCUCAGUCCGUGCUGGUAAUGGAAGCGGAUGACUUGGAGAACAUCAACACCGCCAUGACCAAAGUUUCCUACAUCAACUCUCGGCAGUUUCCCACCCCGGGUCUGCGUAAACUCCACAUAACCACCACAGUUCAAUGUUUUGGUGAAGAUACGUGCAUUUCCAUACCAGACAUCAAAGCGGUUGUGAUGGUGCUGCCGCCCAGCGAACCUCGGAUCACCAUCGCUGGGGUGGAGCGGCUGGUUUGGCCCGCAGCUCAACUCAAAUCCUCUGUUGGGGUGACCCUGUUCAAGGACAUUCACAUCAUUAGUACAGUCACCAAGACCGACACCACCCUCAGCAUAGCCCAGAGGCCUGGUAUUCUGGAGUUGAUGCAUAACCUGGAUUAUUGCGAUGUGUUAGUGAUUGGAGAGGAGCUGGAGCCGGAAAGUGAGAGUCUGGAAAUCCACCACAGCUCCCUCUUGGGCAAACAUCUGGAUGCCACCAAUUCCACCUCUGGCAUCUCAAUCUAUGGUGUGGACUCUAUGGCACAUUAUGAACAGGCCAUCAGGCAGGUGAGGUACCGUAACUGGAAGCCUGGCGGUCUGUCCGAGAGAAGGUUUCGGCUCAGUUGCUCCGAGCUGAAUGGACGCUACACAAGCAACGAGUUCAACCUGGAGAUUGGUAUCGUGCACAGCUCAGAGACCGUUGAGCAUGUCAAUCACGUGGCCGUCCAGUCGCAAUUCAUGAGACCAGUGCAUCAUCCGCUGGUGGUACAUACAGUCAACUCUGACCACAUCUCAGGCACCCCACCUGCUGCAACUGUGGUAAUUGUAAUGUGCAUCACCGCCCUGGUGGUCAUUGUGGUCAUGGGCAUCUACCGUAUCCACACCACCCACCAGGAGGGUUCAAAAGAAGAUGAAGAGGGUAAAAAGGAGCCAGAGAUGGACUGGGAUGACUCCAAUCUCAACAUCACUGUCAAUCCAAUGGAGAGCCUUGAAGGUGCACAGAUCGCUGUGGAGGUUCGAGAGGAAGAUGAGGAUGAUGAUGAAUUGGCUGGAGAUCUCUCUAGCUCUGAAUCUGAGGACAGUGAUGAAGAGGAAGAGACUGAUAUUCAGAGUGAAAGAGUGCACGGAAAACUGCAAUGGGACCCUUCUACAUUACCUUAUUAAAACAAACGCACCCGCACAUUCAAACACACUCCCACACACACUAAUGCAUACACACUCACAUAGACGCACACCUAUGCAUACAUACAGAAAACACUUGCAUUGCCCUCUCACAUCUACAGAAGCCAGACAUUAUUGUCUGAUAAGUCACUGAGACAAAAAAAAUCACAAUUUUGACAAUUUCAAACACUCAUAAAAAGCAUCCUGUAAUGCCAUGGCUCCCUCUGCUGGUCAAUAUUUGGAAUCGCACCCCAAAAAACACUGCAACACUUGUAUGUACUGUACUGUAGUGUCUCAUAGGUCCACUAAAAACAAAAAAUAAACCAAACACAACACAUUUAUAAUUGUGAACAUACAAAUCAACAUCUCUGGGAUGCUUUUUUAUCUUGUUUUUUUGUGUCUCUCUUGACGUUUAUAGAUUUUAUUCUAACAUCACAAUGGGUUUUCUCCCUUUUUUUAAACAACUAACUGUAUGAUUUGAAAGGGUGGCUAACAUUAUUUUGUUGUUUGUUAUCCUCAAAAUAACACCUUUUUUGCAAUGAAAGUAUAUUUUUUUCUCAUUUAAAAUCUAGAAAAUAUGUUUAUUGUCAGAGAGAUUUUGAUCAAAACUAUUGUCUUUAAACAGAAAUAUUGUAGUUACCCAUUAUUACCAAUUUUUUCUUAUGGGUUCCUUGCAGUAAGAAACAGUAGGCGAAAGAGUGUCUGUACAUUUUUAUAUGCUUGUCUUCUGUAAAUACGGAGCUGUAGAGUAGUUGAAUGGUGACCCAGACCCGUCACUUCCUCCUGCAUCCCUCACACAGCCUGUUUGUAUCCACACUUGCUUGCUGAGGAGGAAUAUUUGUUCCUCGUCUCUCUGUAUUGAUCUCUCUCUUAUUGUUCAUGGUGUUCACCUCAACUGUCGAUUGGGUUUUCCUUCACUCCACCUCCAGUAAAAGAAAUAGUCGAGGAUUUGUCAUUUGUAGACAAGGGAACUUUAAAACCAAAUGAAGAAAAAAAGAAGAAUAUGGUUCAAGUAUAUUAUCUUAAAUAAAAGUGGUUUUCAGAGUGGUGUUUAAUUCAAUUAAUAUCUAAAAAGAAGUUUAAAAAAAAUGAGAAUAAUUGUUGCAUUUGACAGCUAAAGAUGCAUUAAGCCAUUCUGUAAAAAAAGAUUUGAGUGUUGACACAAAAUUACAGGUGACACUUGUACCCCCCUUCCUUCCUCAAACCCCCCGCCUGCUUCAUUUAGCCAGAAGAGGUACAUUUUUGGAUAUGUGCAUUGGGUUACAUGUAAUGUCUGUUGCAGUGGUUAAGAUUUCUCAUUUCAUAAGUCUUAAACUCUGUGCUUGUGAUGUCAGCUUUGUGAGACAUCUCGUUCAUCUUCCAGUCCUUUCACUUCACUAGUCCUCUUUACCAUGUGUGUUUUAGAACAGAAACAACAAAAUAACUUCAACCCUGUAAAAUCACGUACGACUAUUCUUUUGUAAAUGUUACGCUCCUUUUGUUUUGUAAAGGGUUUUGUUUAACUUCUUUGAUGGUCACUGCAGCACUUUCUGUACGUUGACCAAUAAAGACUUUCCUUAGAAUGA